AUGUCCUCAACUCCAACUGCUCCAGCAAUUUCCGAGGCUGAAGUCAAGGAUGGCAAGAUAGAAAGGGGGGAGGAUGCGCCAGCACACGCUGUGUCGGUCGCGCCCAAGAAAAAGGAGCCACCCCCUGAGACGCCAGAGAGCAUCCGACUUCGACUUUUCGUUAUAUUGUCUUUCUGGGCAAUUGUCUUAUUUCUAGGCUUGCCAAUAUGGUGGAGGACAACGGCAAUAUACAGGGCGAAACUGCCGCUGGACCAGAUGAUGGAUUGGGCUGAUGGGAGGGCAUGCCGGCCUGUCUUUCCACUUCGCAUAUCUAUAGAGGCAGACUCGCUACAAGAUCAUGAAGCUCAGCAUCUUCUGCGGACUACUCAGCAUGCAUUGGACGACUUGAACGAUUUCUCGGCGCAUCAUCUGCGGUUACAGCUCUCACCACCAGCCAAUGCAUCAAUAACAGUAGAUGGGUUGCCUACGGGAGGGUCAGACGAGGAGGUAGCUCUUGUCAUUAGGCUCCUACCAGGGACAGAGUCCAAGGCAGAUCUGCAAUCAUACUCCCCCAUACUGGACGUCCACUAUACACCCAACCAAAUACCGUCGAGCUCCUCCUCCUCCUCCUUCCUAGCUACAUACAUUGCGAAUACACUGCGAGAGAUGUUUGCCGAGGAGCAGGCCAUGAUUUCAUACCUUCUAUCUACAAGUUCCGCACCACCAGAGCGCAGUCCGAAGGCAUUGGUACCGGAGGUAGCAGAAUCUCUUGCGAAAUGGACAACGAGAUCAAUAAAGUACUCGCGAACUUACCAUCUCACAUUCUCCCUCUUUACCCCAUCCGCCACACCUUCGUCCUGGGACAUUGAAGCAGCCCUCGAGGAACACAUGAAGCCCCUGCUUCAGAGCUUCUCCUCAAUCAGCAAUUUUACAAUCGACACUCAGGUCCAACUCUACGCAAACCCAGGAGUCAAUGGAAAUGUGCUGAAAAAGGAAGAUCUGAGCGGUUUUAUAAACGCUGCAGAGUGGCCUCUGAGCCCCAGCAUUGGUGGAGCACCCACUGUGAACUUCAUAAUAUACGUGGGGGAUAUGGAAGUUGAGGGGGGAGGAAAGAGUUGGCUGAUUCCUCAAUGGGGAGGCGUGGUUAUCCAAUCUGAUAUUUCGGAUCUGAGGCCAGCGAUGCUCAUUUUCUCGAAUCAGUUGAUGUCUUUACUUGGGGCCCCGGAGAGCGGCUCUCUGCCUCUAAGAUUGAUGACUCUGGUGCGUGUGCGCAGUGCUGGAUUGUUGUUGAAGGCCAGCGGCACUAUGGGUAGUUUGGCGCGAUUAACACUUGCGCUGCCUUCAAUCAGCAUCCCAAAGAGCGUUGCUGAUGGGAUUUAUACAACAAUUGAGCAUUUACGAAAAGCGUGUGAUGGGUUAGGAGGGACGGAGGGAUUGGAAAACGCGAUAAUUGCUGAGGAAGCUGCGGAAAAGGCUUUCUUUGAGAAAAGUAUGGUUGGACAGGUUUAUUUCCCAGAUGAGCACAAGAUUGCCGUCUACUUGCCACUGUUGGGUCCGGUAGCUGUACCUCUGGUGAUGGGCGUGUUGAAAGAGGUCAAGGCGUGGAGGAAAAGAAGAAGGGUGAGUAGGUAG